AUGGCUCCCAUCACGCAAGAGACCGUCGACGGUCUCAAGGAUAUCAUUCACAAGCUCGAGUCGCGCGUUGCCGAUUUGGAAAGCCGCCUCGUCCAUGGCAGCCCGGCUUCCAACUCGAAAUCGCUCGCCGAGCAAUUCCGAAUUAUCUUGAUCGGUCCUCCUGGCGCUGGCAAGGGAACCCAGGCUCCUCGUUUGAAGGAAAAGUACUGCGUGUGCCACUUGGCCACCGGUGAUAUGCUGCGAUCUCAGGUCGCCAAGAAGACGCCAUUGGGUAAGGAAGCGAAGAAGAUCAUGGACCAGGGUGGUUUGGUCAGCGACGAGAUCAUGGUCAACAUGAUCAAGAGCGAGCUCGAGACCAACUCGGAGUGCAAGAACGGAUUCAUUCUUGACGGCUUUCCCCGUACCGUUGCCCAGGCUGAGCGCCUAGAUGACAUGCUGUCCGCGCGUAAUGAGAAGCUCCAACACGCCGUUGAAUUGCAAAUCGACGACGCUCUCCUCGUCGCCCGUAUAACCGGUCGAUUGGUCCACCCUGCCUCUGGACGCUCAUAUCACAAGAUCUUCAACCCGCCUAAGCAGGACAUGAAGGACGACAUUACCGGCGAGCCCUUGAUUCAACGUUCCGACGACAACGCCGCAACCUUGGAAAAGCGAUUGGCCACCUACCAUGCUCAGACCUCCCCUGUUGUCGACUACUACAAGAAGACUGGUAUCUGGUGCGGUAUUGACGCCAGCCAGGAACCUGGCCAGGUCUGGAAGAGUCUUCUCGGCGUUUUCCAACCCAGCUCCAGCAUCCUGAGCAAAGUUGGUCUGUCCAAAUAA